AUGAACUACCUACGCAGGCGUCUGUCCGACAGCAGCUUCGUGGCCAACCUCCCCAACGGCUACAUGAUGGACCUGCAGAGUGGGCCUCGCCCCACCCCUCCCUCUUCCACCUCUAAUCCCGCCUCCCCAGCCACAGAGAGGCGAACGCCCCCCAGCCUGCCACCACAGGUCCCGGCCUCGGGCUCGGCCUUAGGCUCGUCCCCGGCCCCGACCCCCGGGGGUUUCCUCACCUCCUUCUCCAGUGUGGUGAAGACCGCCCAGUUGGCACAGAACGCCGCAGCAGCAGCCAAGGCUUCAGCGGCGGUGGCAGAAGCUGCCGCAGCAGCGCCCGCCAAACCUGUCAUUCGGAAGCCCAAGAUUCUAUUGGUCAUCGACGACCUGCACACAGACUGGGCCAAGUAUUUCCGAGGGAAGAAGUUGAAUGGGGAGUACGACAUCCGGGUGGAGCAGGCUGAGUUCUCAGAGAUCAACCUGGCUUCGUACAUGAACACUGGGUGUAUGGUUGAUAUGCAGGCCAUAAGAGGAGGAACCAAAGUGGUCAGAUCCUUCAAGCCAGACUUUGUCCUGAUUCGCCAGCAUGCCUACAGCAUGACUCCGGGCGAAGACUUCAGGAGCCUGGUGAUUGGCCUUCAGUACGGGGGAGUCGCCAGCAUCAACUCCCUGCUCUCCAUCUACAACUUCUGCAGCAAACCCUGGGUGUUUUCCCACAUGAUUAAGCUCUACCACUCCCUGGGCCCAGAGAAGUUCCCACUGAAUGAACAGACCUUCUACCCCAACCACACACAGAUGGUGACAACACCAACGUUCCCGGUGGUGGUCAAGAUGGGCCAUGCCCACGCCGGCAUUGGCAAGAUCAAAGUGGAGAAUGAACUUGACUUCCAGGAUAUUACCAGUGUGGUGGCGCUGGCCAGAACCUAUGCCACCUCUGAGCCAUACGUCCUGUCUAAGUACGACAUCAGGAUCCAGAAAAUCGGCAACAACUACAAGGCCUACAUGCGGACGUCCAUCUCAGGCAACUGGAAGGCUAACACAGGCUCAGCCAUGUUGGAACAGAUCGCUAUGACGGACAGAUAUCGUCUGUGGGUGGACUCCUGUGCCGAGAUGUUCGGGGGACUUGACAUCUGUGCUGUGAAAGCCGUCCACGGAAAAGAUGGCAAUGACUACAUUAUCGAGGUGAUGGACAGUUCCAUGCCUCUGAUUGGUGAGCACGUGGAGGAGGACAGGCAGCUGAUCACUGAUCUAGUGAUCAAUAAGAUGUGCAGCGUGCUGCUCGGUAUCAACACACCACAGCCCAGUCCACAGACGACCCAGCCAAGAAGGGCCCAAGGUGGGCAUCGCUCUGGCUCUGGUUCUCCCUCCCAGUCAGCCCAGGGUUCUCCUCAGCGAGCCCGCUCAGCUAACACCUCUCCCAGCCAGGCCUUCCAGCCAGGACCCAUCCCACCUCCCGCCGCCACCGGCCCUGGCACCCAGAAACAACCUCCUCAACUGAACAAAUCCCAGUCGCUCACCAACACCUUCACUGAGACCCUGAAAGGGAACGCCACGGACGAUGAGGCCAAGGCAGAGACCAUCCGCAGCCUGCGCCAGUCCUUCGCCAGCCUCUUCUCCGACUAA